AAAAUGGCGGCAACCAAGAGGAAAUUCGCUGUACCAUCUCUGGAAGAGUUGGACGAAGAAGUACAAGACUCCAGGCAUAAUCAAUUGUUCAAUACGUAUAGGACAUCCAGCAAGGGCAUCGAAGAAAAUAGAGAUGGUACUAACUCGACGACAAGGAAUGCUGGUGAUCUUGAAAGACACGAAACCAACCACCUUAUCACAAAACACGAGCAAACAUUGAAUGGAACAGGAAAGCUGUCCAAAAGCUGCGUUUCAAAACAGGCUUCUCUUCCCUUUCAGGAAAGUGUACAUGCUUCUCAGAACAAGAUUGAAGGAAAUGGGAGUAACAACAGUGCUUCUUCUAUCAAACCUACCGUGGGAAAGACAUUCCGAGAGACGUUUGCAUUUCUAGAAGAGACGAAUCAUUUUAAAGAGACAGUAACAAAGAUAAAGGAAAAAGAGUCAACAUUAGAUGUCAACAGUUUAUCUGUGCCUGUAACCUCAAAGUCAAACAGAAAUGCCAUAAUUGUUAAUCCAAGGCAGAAGGGAAAUCCAGUGUUAAAACACAUCAGGAAUGUUCCAUGGGAGAUUGGGGAUAUUAUUCCAGAUUACUUGCUGGGUCCUUCAACUUGUGCUUUGUUUCUAAGUUUAAGGUAUCAUCACUUCAACCCAGAGUACAUCCAUGAGAGACUGAAACUCCUUGGACAGCGAUAUGAACUUAGAAUACUUCUUGUUCAAGUUGAUGUGAAAGAUCCUCACCAGACUAUAAGGGAGCUUUCUAAAAUGGCAAUAAUGGCUGACUGUACUCUUAUGCUUGCAUGGAGCUCAGAGGAGGCAGGAAGAUAUCUUGAAACUUACAAAGUGUAUGAAAAUAAACCACCUGAUGCCCUUCUUGGUCAAAGUGAAGGGGAUUACCUCAGCAAGCUCACAGAUUGCUUAACCACUGUGAAAGGCAUAAACAAAACAGAUGUGGUGUCUCUCAGUUCCACAUUCGGGUCUCUUGCUAACAUGGCAACAGCCUCAAAGGAUGACUUGGCUUUACUGCCUGGAUUUGGACCUUUGAAGGCUCAGAGACUACAUGAUAUGCUACAGCAACCAUUUGUUGGCAAAAAAGAUAAAUCAAGAGAAGUUGAAGCAAAGUCAUAAUAUUCAUUUUCCAUUAAUGGAAUGUCAAAUUUAGUCUUUCAGAUUAAGAAAGACAAAAGAAAAAGAAACAUGAUUUACAGCUCAGUCUGUUAACCAAGCAGUACCUAACUACAUAUAUUUAAUUCAUUACACUUUGUAUAUAUUAUGAUUUACACAAUCAAACUGUACAAAUUAAGUUUAUGAAAGUGAUCCAAUCUUUUGUAGUGUGCAUGCAAAACAUGACAGUGUUUUGUAAUCCUUUCCUGAUGUCUGAAAGAAAUUGCGGUGGACCAUUAAGCUAUUUGAUAAUCAAUGAUUAUUUAUUCAUUCCUAUCCAUUCAAAUAUAUUUUGAGAGGUACAAUAGCAUGGUGCUGUUUUCCUGUUUGGGUAUGCUUUUGUAAGACAGUGCUAAGAAGCUAACUUAUUACAUAAUAUGAACAUUACUUUUGUUUACAUAUAUAAAUUUUUAUUUAGGUUAAAAAAUUUUAUGUUAUGUAUUGCUGUUACUGCCUAGUUACUGCAAUCAGUUUUUCAAUCCUCCCCCCUUCACAUUUCCUUACAAAUUGAACAUUAUAUCUUAUAUUCUAUUGUAAAUAUCACUGGCAUAGACUCUUUGUAAAGUUUGACCAAGUGAUGUAAAUGACUUUCAAAAUAAAUUUAAUUUUUUAUUUUGGA